AUGGAAAUCAUCAAAGGUAGUUUAGAUGACAUUUCUCGACCUGCAUCGAGUGUGUCGCGCUUGACGUUUCCUCAUAGUGACAGAGUUGAUCCCACAACUCCCUUUUCCCUUGUUGUGUUGACCAGAGAUGCUGCUGAUAUUCAGAGCCAGAGCAGCUUUGAAGGACCUACAGUCCACUCCUCAGCCCACUCCUCAGCCAGAGGUCCUGACAAAAGUCAGUGUCACGUUGAAGUACCUGAUGACGAGGAUGAAGAUCCCCUUCUACAGAGAGCUACUGAGGAAAUGAGAAGACUUGAUGAAAUACUGUCUGCAAAGAUCUGCAUGGAAAAGGAAGUCAAGCGUCAAAGGAAAGAACUUCAAGCAAAACUCUGGCAAGAGUUCCUGCAGAAUAAACCUGAAGGUCACUCUGAAUGUGCCCAAGAAGCAAUGAACACACGGUUGUUUUUGGCUCUAGAAGCACCCACUGGGACAGAAGAGGAGGAUGACUUUGUGUCUGUGUUUGAAACUCAAGUUCCUGACAGUGACCACAACGGGGAUGGACAAUACUUGGAGCAAAGUGAAAAGAAGCCAGACAGCUGGACAGAGUCAUCUGAACUAAGCCGUGAGGAUACUGGGGAAGAGCAAAUUGAAGGCAGCCUCUGUGGAGCUUCCAAAGGCAAGAAAAAACAGAAAGACUUUGUCAAGAGAAACAUUGAGCUAGUAAGUGGUGAAGGGGACCAAGUGCUUUUGACUCAGGCAGAGAAAGAGCGUCUGGCAGAGCUCUUGCAAGGAGUAGACAAAGAGGAAGAGGACAGUGCCAGAGGCGCAGAUAGCGAGGAGGACAUGUGGCCAGUGUCAGUGGUGACAGGCCAGGGUUACACCCCGGAGCCAUCUGACCUGGAGCAGCUGACUGACAUUGACUCCAAAAUUUGCCUCCUCCUUCCCGUUGAAGAAUUUCUCUCAGUGCAGCGCUCAUAUACAAACCUUUGCAUGUCCCAGGGCCGUGGCUCAGAGGUUGGUUGGAAGUGUUACGGGGACCUGCAGCCAGGAGAGAAGGUCCUGCAGGAUAUAAAGGAGAGGAGAGGGCAGGAGAGGCGCCUCCAAGAGAUCCAACAGCAGCUGGAGAUCCUGAACCAAGGCCAGGAGAUGACUAAUGGGCCACCAGACCUCACUGAGGAGCAGUUACUCAGUCUGCUGGAGGACUGCGAGGUGACGGGGAGCGGGAUCCAGGAUCUUGAGUCGGAUGACACAACAACAUGAGACCCCAAGACAUACUCGAUCCAUCUGAAGCCCUGCUAUCAUAACGCCUAUCAAGAUGCAAUGUGAUUUCACCAGUAGGCUACUAGUGGGAUUGUGAGAGACAAAUUACUGGAUGUAAACAUAUUGAAUAACCAGAAUAUAGCCAACCCUAUCACA